UUCCUGCGCCCUCUCACCCAAAGACUCGCUCGCUCUCUCUCUCUUUCCCUCUCUUUCUCUCCCUCGCUCUCUCUGGCAUUCUUCUUCUCUUGCAGAGCUCCUCCAAUCUAUUCUCCUAUCAUGGCGGCGCAAAAUAAAGGUAGGCCGUUGCCAAAGUUCGGCGAGUGGGAUGUAAACAAUCCAGCCUCGGCCGACGGUUUCACGGUCAUAUUUUCCAAGGCUAGAGAUGAGAAGAAAACCACGGGAACUGCCGCCCAUGCCGCACCGCUAUCACAGAGGAACGAUAUUUCGGCCAGACAAGACCAAAAUUUUCAGCAACCCCCACCGGAGAAGAAGUGGUUUUGUUGUUUCUGAGACAAUGCUCGUCACUUCCGAGACGCUGCGGCGGCGGGGGGGUUUGGGGUUUGUCUGAAAGGCAGGGAAAGCAAGAUUACAUGUGAUCUGUAGGGAAGAGGCGUCAAGCAUGAAAAAAAAGGGCCAACACUUCGCUUAAUAUCUAGCUGAUUGGAACCUCUCGUUGGGUCUCAGAUGCUUAUUUGUCAAUUCUACAUGUUCUAAUACAAAUUCUGGCCCAUAUUCUGCCAUUUGAUGUGUUAUAGCCAAUAAGCUUUGUACCAAAUCCAACUGACUUGUGUGCUUUUCAAAAGAAGAGCUUCCUUUGCAAGAUUUUAUUCAGAGAAAAUGGAUCCAAACGA